AGGUCACCCAGGGAACCAGCCCUAUAUGGGGUGCCGGAGCGCAGCUCCCAGGCCUGGUCGAAGCAAUGCCGACCUCGGAGAGGCCUGAGGACUAGGACGGGGUGAGGGGGACUCAGAGACGGCUGCCCCGGACCCCUCCUUCAAGCAGGUCCCACGGCCGCCCAGCGGACACGCGUCCGGGCUGUGCCCUGACCGUCUGCGGAGCGCACGGCCAGUGGCCCGGGCCGCUGAGUGUGUGAGCCCUGAAGGGCAGUGGACGUGUGCGUACGUGGGUGAUGUGUGCGGUAGGGGUGGUGGCGAUCCUGCGUAGGGACCCACGUGAGGGGUGCACCGACUGGACGUGUGUGUUUCGAGGGGCCAAGGAAGCGGGUGUUGGUCCCAGUGUGCGCAAACGGACAACGACAUCUGGGAGGUGGGCAGUGAGGAGAGAGAAGAGUGUGUCCAGGAGGAACCUGCCUGGAGGAGGCCUAGCGGUGUGUGUGCGCCUAGGUGUAUACCGGGGCGUUGGUGACUUCGAGAGGCACCGGGCGGGAUCGAUCCUCUCUGCGUCCUGGACCUGGUGCUGGUGUGUUUCGGGGAAGUUACUGCUUAUGAACCCACCUUGGAGCGUGGCCUGGGGGCAGGAAGGCUUCUGCGCUGGGACCCCUGGGUCGCGAUACCUCCCUCGAAUGUUCGUGGCAUCAGAGAGAAAGAUGAGAGCUCACCAGGUGCUCACCUUCCUCCUGCUCUUCGUGAUCACCUCGGUGGCCUCUGAAAACGCCAGCACGUCCCGAGGCUGUGGGCUGGACCUCCUCCCUCAGUACGUGUCCCUGUGCGACCUGGACGCCAUCUGGGGCAUUGUGGUGGAGGCGGUGGCCGGGGCGGGCGCCCUGAUCACACUGCUCCUGAUGCUCAUCCUCCUGGUGCGGCUGCCCUUCAUCAAGGAGAAGGAGAAGAAGAGCCCCGUGGGCCUCCACUUUCUGUUCCUCCUGGGGACCCUGGGCCUCUUCGGGCUGACGUUCGCCUUCAUCAUCCAGGAGGACGAGACCAUCUGCUCCGUCCGCCGCUUCCUCUGGGGCGUCCUCUUUGCGCUCUGCUUCUCCUGCCUGCUGAGCCAGGCAUGGCGCGUGCGGAGGCUGGUGCGGCAUGGCACGGGCCCCGCGGGCUGGCAGCUGGUGGGCCUGGCGCUGUGCCUGAUGCUGGUGCAAGUCAUCAUCGCUGUGGAGUGGCUGGUGCUCACCGUGCUGCGUGACACGAGGCCAGCCUGCGCCUACGAGCCCAUGGACUUUGUGAUGGCCCUCAUCUACGACAUGGUACUGCUUGUGGUCACCCUGGGGCUGGCCCUCUUCACUCUGUGCGGCAAGUUCAAGAGGUGGAAGCUGAACGGGGCCUUCCUCCUCAUCACAGCCUUCCUCUCUGUGCUCAUCUGGGUGGCCUGGAUGACCAUGUACCUCUUCGGCAAUGUCAAGCUGCAGCAGGGGGAUGCCUGGAACGACCCCACCUUGGCCAUCACGCUGGCGGCCAGCGGCUGGGUCUUCGUCAUCUUCCACGCCAUCCCUGAGAUCCACUGCACCCUUCUGCCAGCCCUGCAGGAGAACACGCCCAACUACUUCGACACGUCGCCGCCCAGGAUGCGGGAGACGGCCUUCGAGGAGGACGUGCAGCUGCCGCGGGCCUAUAUGGAGAACAAGGCCUUCUCCAUGGAUGAACACAAUGCAGCUCUCCGAACAGCAGGAUUUCCCAACGGCAGCUUGGGAAAAAGACCCAGUGGCAGCUUGGGGAAAAGACCCAGCGCUCCGUUUAGAAGCAACGUGUAUCAGCCAACUGAGAUGGCCGUCGUGCUCAACGGUGGGACCAUCCCAACUGCUCCGCCAAGUCACACAGGAAGACACCUUUGGUGAAAGACUUUAAGUUCCAGAGAAUCAGAAUUUCUCUUACCGAUUUCCCUCCCUGGCUGUGUCUUUCUUGAGGGAGAAAUCGGUAACAGUAGCCGAACCAGGUCGCCUCACAGCCAGGAAAUUUGGAAAUCCUAGCCAAGGGGAUUUCGUGUAAAUGUGAACACUGACGAACUGAAAAGCUAACACCGACUGCCCGCCCCUCCCCUGCCACACACACAGACACGUAAUACCAGACCAACCUCAAUCCCCGCAAACUAAAGCAAAGCUAAUUGCAAAUAGUAUUAGGCUCACUCGAAAAUGUGGCUGGGAAGACUGUUUCAUCCUCUGGGGGUAGAACAGAACCAAAUUCACAGCUGGUGGGCCAGACUGGUGUUGGUUGGAGGUGGGGGGCUCCCACUCUUAUCACCCCUCCCCAGCAAGUGCUGGACCCCAGGUAGCCUCUUGGAGAUGACCGUUGUGUUGAGGACAAAUGGGGACUUUGCCACCGGCUUGCCUGGUGGUUUGCACAUUUCAGGGGGGUCAGGAGAGUUAAGGAGGUUGUGGGUGGGAUUCCAAGGUGAGGCCCAACUGAAUCGUGGGGUGAGCUUUAUAGCCAGUAGAGGUGGAGGGACCCUGGCAUGUGCCAAAGAAGAGGCCCUCUGGGUGAUGAAGUGACCAUCACAUUUGGAAAGUGAUCAACCACUGUUCCUUCUAUGGGGCUCUUGCUCUAGCGUCUAUGGUGAGAACACAGGCCCCGCCCCCUUCCCUUGUAGAGCCAUAGAAAUAUUCUGGCUUGGGGCAGCAGUCCCUUCUUCCCUUGAUCAUCUCACCCUGUUCCUACACUUACGGGUGUAUCUCCAAACCCUCUCCCAAUUUUAUUCCCUUAUUCAUUUCAAGAGCUCCAAUGGGGUCUCCAGCUGAAAGCCCCUCCGGGAGGCAGGUUGGAAGGCAGGCACCACGGCAGGUUUUCCACGAUGAUGUCACCUAGCAGGGCUUCAGGGGUUCCCACUAGGAUGCAGAGAUGACCUCUCGCUGCCUCACAAGCAGUGACACCUCGGGUCCUUUCCGUUGCUAUGGUGAAAAUUCCUGGAUGGAAUGGAUCACAUGAGGGUUUCUUGUUGCUUUUGGAGGGUGUGGGGGAUAUUUUGUUUUGGUUUUUCUGCAGGUUCCAUGAAAACAGCCCUUUUCCAAGCCCAUUGUUUCUGUCAUGGUUUCCAUCUGUCCUGAGCAAGUCAUUCCUUUGUUAUUUAGCAUUUCGAACAUCUCGGCCAUUCAAAGCCCCCAUGUUCUCUGCACUGUUUGGCCAGCAUAACCUCUAGCAUCGAUUCAAAGCAAAGAGUUUUAACCUGACGGCAUGGAAUGUAUAAAUGAGGGUGGGUCCUUCUGCAGAUACUCUAAUCACUACAUUGCUUUUUCUAUAAAACUACCCAUAAGCCUUUAACCUUUAAAGAAAAAUGAAAAAGGUUAGUGUUUGGGGGCCGGGGGAGGACUGACCGCUUCAUAAGCCAGUACGUCUGAGCUGAGUAUGUUUCAAUAAACCUUUUGAUAUUUCUCAA